AUGACGGAUUCUACCCCACUCAAACCAAGCAGCAGCGUAAAACUUGUUCUUCUUGGUGAGGCUGCGGUUGGAAAGGUAGUUACUGACCAUCUAAAGUCCUCACUCGUCUUACGCUUUGUAAAUGAUGACUUCCAAGAGAACAAAGAACCAACCAUCGGAGCGGCUUUUCUUACCCAAAAAUGCAAUCUCCCAGCGAGAACGAUCAAGUUUGAGAUAUGGGAUACCGCUGGGCAGGAACGCUUUGCCUCUCUCGCACCCAUGUACUAUCGCAAUGCUCAAUCAGCACUAGUAGUUUAUGACUUGACAAAACCAGCCUCCCUUAUAAAGGCAAAACACUGGAUAGCUGAACUCCAGAGGCAAGCAUCGCCAGGUAUCGUUAUUGCGUUAGUGGGGAAUAAGCUAGAUUUGGUAGGCGAGACAAGCGGUAAUCAAGCGGUGGUUGGAACAGAGGCUAGAACUUACGCCGAAGAAGAGGGUCUACUUUUUUUUGAGACGAGUGCAAAGCUGGGUACGAAUGUAACGCAGGUCUUCACUGCUAUCGCCAACGCGAUUCCAGAAACUUCCCUCAAGGGUGCUAGAGGGACAGGGAAUGCCUCUGGAAAUUCCAGUCGGAGAGACGACCAGUCGAGAGUCAAUUUGACCGCGACUACGGAUGAUGAUUCGAAACAGAGUUGUAUGUGUUAA